UUUCCAUAAAUGAAUCGGUGCGGCGAGGCGGCGGCAUAGAAAGACUAUCAAUUUUCGUGAGUCGAAUAGUAAAUCUAGUCUAGAAGUUCUUAGAAGGAUUAAACUGUAAUAAUUUUAAACAUGUCUAACGAAACACCAGUGCCUCCUCCCGUUUUAUGGGCCCAGCGCAAAGAAGACGUUUUUCUCACGUUCAGCAUCGAGUCGAAAGAUCCUACAAUUAAAAUAGAAAAGGACCGGGUUUAUUUUAAAGGCGUUAAUGCAUCAGAUAAUAGAGUUAAUGAGGUGACUAUACAAUUGUAUGAAGCAGUAAUCCCAGAAACCAGCGCCUACGUAAAUAAAGGUAGAUGCAUAGAAAUGAUUCUUCUGAAGGAGAAGAAAGACGCACCUUACUGGCCAUCAUUAACAAAAGAUAAGAAGAAACCACAUUACCUCAAGGUAGAUUUUAAUAAGUGGAAAGACGAAGACGACGAAGAGGAAAACGGUGGAGGCAACUCUUAUGACAUAGAAGAAAUGCUGAGAACAAUGGGCGGCGGUGGAGGCGACAAGGCUGAGAAACCGUCCUUCGAUGACUUAGAAACAGAUUCGGAUGAUGAAAAUUUACCUGAUCUUGAAUAGGGGAGGCCCUCAGAGUGAUAAAACUAAUAUUUAACACAUGGAAGUACAUUAUGUAUAAGGUUUUUACAGUUAUAAUAAAAUCACUGAUAAAAUGAACAUGUUACAUUCAUUUUAUUCAUUGAUCUUUGCCUUUGUAAAACUUACAAAUUAGCGAGUUCUAAGUUAAAAGUGAAAAAGUACUUAAAACUUUACUUUCAAGAACAAAUAUUUGGUUCCAAACACAUUUUACUCUGAAACACUGCAGCAAGAGAUGUCACUAGUUGUAAAUUAUGUCAAAUGUAAUAGAUUUUAAUGAUUUGUAAUAUCUUUGUGCCUUUCAUUAUUAUUCAAUUGUAUAAGCAAGUUAGUCUUGUACAACACUUAGGAAUAAAGUGUGUUGUGUGUGGCCUACAGCUCGUAAUCUCUAGUAGAACUCUUAGUUAAAAAAACCCUUACUUAGUUCUAAAAUAAUUAUAGUUAGCAUAAAUGGUAUGUUUUGUUUGUGACGAACAAUGACAAUAUAUUAUCAACAACUCUUAAAUUAAAUGUUAAGACAUUGGCCGCCAUAAUAUGCUUCAUAUGGCUUCCCAAAGUCCUUGCUCAAGUCCAUAUUUUAGAUCAGUAAUGUGUUUAUUUUGAAAGUAAGUACUAAUGUUGAAAUAUAAUAGGUAUAUCAAGACGGAUGGCCUUUAGGAAGUACUGUAAUUUUGUUAUAAAACAAAUGUUUCUAACAUGCCAAAAAAUGUAAACCAGAUUCUGAAUGUAAUGAUAUAUUCAAAUAAACAUCCACCGAUAAAAAUAUAA